AUGACCAGUCAGCAUUCUACUAAGCAGACAGCUACAUAUUCAUACUCUAUCGGCACCCUACACACAGGUACUGCAGGAGCUCCCACAGUUCAUCGAGUAUCUGAAGAGGGCAAUCCAUUGGUGUUCAUCGUGAAACCAUCUGAAGGCUUCGAAGAAAUCGAAAUCACAGACGAGCACAGAACCGAGCUGGCUGACAUCGAUGCCGAGCUUGGGGAAGUUGCUGAGAGAUUCCUCAAAGAGGAGAUCGAGAGAUGUCGAUCCCAGAGGGGUGCUCCCGACCUGGAGGCAUCGACACAAGCCAUAUGCCGAGCCCUCACAAAUUAUGCGGACUCGCACAAUAAGCUAUCAUCAGCUCUUUGGGAACUUGGACCAGCAGACACCUUCGACGAACUCAUGACUGUCGGCGAGUAUUCCACUUGGAAAGAGUAUUUGGAAAACGGGGCCCAGGAAUCCCUCGAUUAA